UUUACUUUUUAUACAUCAGAUUGUUGAAUUAUAUGAGAAAUCUGAGAAUUUGAAUCGGUUAAUGGAUAACUUGAUCAAGAUAUGCGCGGAAGAUUAAAUUAAAUUAAAUUUAAUAAUUAAAUAAAUAAAUAAAAGAGAUGCCGGAAUUAGCGUAUGAUGAUACGACGACGUUUAAUGGAUCAGUUUCAUCAUCAAGUAGUGGAUUUUGGUCUAAGCAUCGAGGUGAUAUCAGCAGUAAUCAGCUCCAGAAGUUUUGGAGUGAACUAUCACUGCAAGCGCGGCAGGAGCUUUUAAGAGUUGAUAAGCAAACCCUUUUCGAACAAGCUCGGAAAAAUAUGUAUUGUUCCAGAUGCAAUGGGUUACUUUUGGAAGGUUUUUUGCAGAUUGUCAUGUAUGGGAAGUCUUUGCAGCAGGAAGGAGUAGUUGGUCAGGUUUCUUGCAAUGGGCACAGGGCCUCAAAAAGUAAACCGAUUGAAGACACUUGCUUGAUAUCCAAGUGUGAUGAUGACAUUCAAGAUCCAUCUGUCCACCCUUGGGGAGGUCUAACCACUACUCGUGAUGGAACACUUACCCUCCUAGAUUGUUAUUUAUAUUCAAAAUCUCUAAAAGGGCUACAAAAUGUCUUUGGAAGUGCCAGAGCAAGGGAACGGGAGCGUGAACUAUUGUAUCCUGAUGCCUGCGGGGGUGGAGGUCGUGGGUGGAUAAGCCAAGGAAUGGUGGGCUAUGGUAGAGGUCAUGGUACUCGUGAAACAUGUGCGUUGCAUACUGCCAGACUUUCCGUUGACACUUUGGUUGAUUUUUGGUCUGCACUUGGAGAAGAGACACGGCAUUCUCUUUUAAAGAUGAAGGAGGAGGAUUUUAUGGAGCGCCUUAUGUAUAGGUUUGAUAGCAAGAGGUUCUGCAGAGAUUGCAGAAAGAACGUUAUUCGUGAGUUUAAGGAGCUAAAAGAAUUAAAGCGCAUGAGGAGAGAAGCUCGCUGCACGAGGUGGUUUUGUGUGGCUGAUACAAGCUUACAGUAUGAGGUGACUCAAGACACAAUCCAGGCUGAUUGGCAUCAAAACUAUGCUGAUUCUGCAGGAACUUAUCAUCACUAUGAAUGGGCUGUUGGAACUGGAGAAGGAAAAUCUGAUAUAUUACCGUUUCAAAAUGUCGGUUUGAAUGUAAGGGCUAAAAUGAAGGGUCUAGACCUGGCAGGUUUGAAUGCCUGCUAUAUCACUCUAAGGGCAUGGAAAAAAGAUGGACGCUGCAAUGAAAUAUCAGUAAAAGCUCAUGCUUUAAAGGGUCAACAGUGUGUACAUUGCAGACUUGUUGUUGGUGAUGGUUUUGUCACAAUCACAAGGGGAGAAAGCAUUAGGAGGUUCUUUGAACAUGCCGAAGAGGCUGAGGAAGAAGAGGAUGAUGAUUCCAUGGACAAUGAUGGGAAUGAACUGGAUGGAGAAUGCUCUCGUCCCCAAAAACAUGCAAAAAGUCCUGAACUUGCUCGGGAAUUUCUGUUAGAUGCUGCAACUGUUAUUUUUAAGGAACAGGUUGAGAAGGCUUUUAGAGAAGGCACGGCACGUCAAAAUGCCCAUAGCAUUUUUGUAUCCCUUGCACUAAAAUUGUUGGAAGACCGUGUGCUUGUCGCGUGCAAGGAUAUCAUUACUUUGGAGAAUCAGGUUAAACUUCUUGAAGAGGAAGAGAAGGAAAAGCGUGAUGAAGAAGAGAGAAAGGAGCGUAGAAGGGCAAAAGAAAAGGAAAAGAAACUGCGUAGGAAAGAAAGACUAAGGAGUAAGGAAAAAGAAAAAGAGAAUUGUAUACAAAAUCAAGUUUCAGUUGUUUCCUAUACACAUGAGGAGGAGGAACCAACAACAAGUAUAGACAAUGAGUCAAAUGCUAGUGACACGAUAAAUCCCCUUUGUAAAUCAGAAGAAGAUACAGCAUCAUCCAUGCCCGUAUCAGAAGAAUGUAAUACUCAAGACCAGAAUUUGAAUUGUGAUGUUUCAUAUGCAAGUGAUCACCCGAAACAUCUUCGCAGGAAACCGAAUUUUUCCUGGGAUCAAUCCUCAAAGUGGUCUGAUAGAGGGAGGUUUGCAGUGGUCUCUGAAAGUGGGGGUAUGGUAAGCAAAGCAGAUCCAAGGAUUCACAGUGAUAGUUUUAGGAUUAACAGACCACUAAGAACCAAUAAUGUUCGUGGUAACGUAAGGUCAAGUGGGUCAAGAUAUGGUGAGAGUCUAUAUUGUUCUCAUAACAGGUCAAAUGACAUAUACGACUCUCAAGCUUGCAGUUGCUACCAACAUGAUUAUCCAGAUGUCUCGAAACCAUACAAUCGUGGAAACAAGUUCAAUAAUCAAACAGAGUAUGUUAAAAGCAAUGUUUCAAGUGCAAAGAAAGCAUGGGAACCUAUAGAUUCUCAAAAGAGAUACACCCCCAAAAGCAAAUCUGAUACCUCUCCUGCAAUCGAGGUUGAAUCAGUCAAAGUCAAACCUAUUGACCCAUCGAAUGGUAAGAUCUCAGAUGCAACAAAUAACGAGCACAAUGAUUUGAAGGAAUCCAAGAACACAGUAGAAAAUGUAGAUACAGUAAGCGAGCCUACAGAUCUGUGCACCGCUAGCAACUCCAGUUCUGAUAGUUGCUCAUCGUGUCUCAGCGAAGUAGAUGGAAAUACUUCAUUUUCAUCGAACUCUCAAAAUCCAGAUUCGUCAUCUACCUCAGAUUCAGAAGAUGCUAGCCCCCAUUCAGAAGUAGCAAAGGAAAACGGCUUUCUGGACAAACAGGAUAAUAUGAACGAAGCUGAAACUCAAUUACCGUCAAAAACAGCACAAUUUUGUGAAAAUGACAAGAAAAAUGGUGUUACAGGCUCUCUUCAUGGUAAUGUUAUCCCACCUCCAUUGCAACCUCAAGGCAUUCACUUUCCAGUGUUUCAAAGUCCUACUGUUGGCUACUUCCAUCAAGGGCCUGUUCCGUGGGUGGCUGCUGCCGCCAAUGGGUUAAUGCCACUACCACAUCCAAAUCACUACUUGUUCCCGAGCCCAUAUGGGUAUGGUUUGAAUGGGAAUCCACACUUUCUUCAGUAUGGAGUAGGUAACCUCCAACCCUUGGGUCCACCUUUGGUUAACCAUUGUCAACAGCCAAUGUACCAACCAGUUCCACAGGUCAGUGGUAUUAGCAUGAAGGAUCAUAAUCAUGGAAGGGUUCCAGUUCUACAAAAAGGCGAGAAAAAUGGAGAAAAGUUGCAUGAUGAAAAUUUUGACAAAACACCAAAGGGUAAUAGUGGGUUCUCCCUUUUUCAUUUUGGUGGGCCUGUAGAUCUUUCGAACGGGUCAAUUGAGGUUGAUGCAAGUCUUCCCUCAAAGCCGUUAGGAGACGCCAUUGAGGCUGGUCAUUCUUGUGCAAAGGAUGCCGUUGAAGUUGAAGAAUAUAACUUAUUCGCAGCAAGUAAUGGGAUACGUUUUUCGUUCUAAUAUUAUGUCGAGAAUCAUCUUUUUUUUCUUCUUACAUUCGUUCAUGCAAUAAACCUCAAGAAUCUUUGAUGUAUUAGUUUGAUUGGUUGUAUUUUCGGUCAAAUUUUUUUCGUGUAAAGAUAUAUAGAGUUUGAGUUGUUUGAUGGGUGCUUUGUAUAAGUUUUGUUCUUUUCAUAUAGCAAUGGAACGUUUACUUUAAUUUUUAA